AUGGACGUUGACAACGAACAUUCAGAUGCUGGGAGUCAACGACAACCCAGUGCUGAACACACGCCGCAAGGAGCUACUGCGCAGGUUGGGGGAGCCUCCUCACAAGGGAAUCCUACCCCCACCUCAGUUCAGUCCUCCAAUACGCCGUCGACUGCAUCAGGUCCUGCAACAGCCAACGUCAGCCAUACACAAAACUCGAAACGUCGCCGAGGGUUAGGUGUUGUGACGCCCAAUGCCUGCACAGAAUGCCGCAAGAAGCGCGCAAAGUGCGAUGGCAAAAAACCGUGCGGACGAUGUAGAGCACAGAAAGAUGCCGAAUGUGUAUACGAGGUUCCCGUGCGCCAGUCGAAGGAGAACCUCCGAACCGAAAUCGAAACUCUUCGACAGAAGCAGCGCUCAAGUGACCAAGUAUUCGCUGCUCUUGUCCGACCAGAACUAUGGGAAGAGGUUUUAACCCGCCUCCGGGGCGGCCAACCCAUCGAAACCAUUUCAGAAUGGCUCGCAAGCUCACCACGCCCUGUGGAGCGUUCGAUACCUUCGUUUCCUCCCCGUACCGAGGCGCCUACCAUGGGUCCUAACCCGGGGUUCCCAGGAGGUGGACUGGGUACAUUGGCAGCCAUGAGCCUUGGUGCGAACCAUCAACAGUCGCAGCAGUCUUCCAUGAGGCCCGAGAUGGGACAGCACAGUCCCUGGCAAUCUUCAUUUAGCCAAACCGGAUCAACGAGGAGUAACUCGCAUCCCGACGUCAUGAACUGGCAGACAGAUAUGCGAGGACCACCACAAAAUCGAGUUGGGUCUUGGGCCGAAGGGAUGAAUCCUGACCAGAUCUCGGACGGUCUUCCACGAUAUCGCGGGGUUGAACAGAUCCUGGCACCGUUAAACGAACCGGGGCUGCGAACACCAGCUUCAACUUGGACCGCGAUUACCGGUGAUAGCGUUCUUGUUCAACAUCUUUUAGCGUUGUAUUUCUGUUGGGAGUAUCCAACAUUUGCGUCCUUGAGCAAAGAACACUUUCUACAGGAUUUCCAAGAGGGACGGAAUCGAUAUUGUUCACCGAUACUGGUGAAUGCCCUACUUGCAUUGGGGUGCCGCUUUUCAAAACAACCCAUGUCUCGAGCGAAUCCCAACGACCCUUAUACCUCUGGCGACCACUUCUUCAAGGAGUCAUUGAGACUAUUUGCCCAGGAAACGGAUCAUCAUUCCCUUACAACUAUCCAAGCUUUGGGAAUAAUGUCGAUCCGAGAGGCUAGUUGUGGGCGAGAUUCAGAGAGUUGGUAUUACGCUGGGCAGAGUAUUCGACUCGCCGUUGAGAUGGGACUUCACCGGAUAAUGGACGAAGGAGAUGAAGACGAACUCGCUGUGCAGUCAGCAACCUUCUGGGGUGCUUUUGCGCUUGAUCAUACCUCAAUUGGUAUGAUCGCAUACCUGAGGUCCUUCGACUGGGGCACAAUUUCACCCCAGCUGUGCUGUUCGCCCAGUAAGCCUCAAGCCCAACACGCUUCUUUCACCACGAUCCCUAACUUGAGCAGCAUGUACUAUCAUUUCGCAAUCCUGCUAUUGUUCCGGCCUCUGAUCAAGCUACGGAUCAUUGGAUCCAAGGUCUCGCCUCGCGAUGUGUGCUCACAGGCGGCGGACGCCAUUCAAGGCCUUCUAAGAUCUUACUCUUCACUCUACACCUUACGGCGAACGCCCUCGUUCGUGCCAUAUUUUGUUCUCACUUCAGCCAUCAUGCACCUAGCGAUUGGUGCAACAACAGUCGGCUCGGAUACGACCGAGGCGGAUAUGGAGAAGGCUGUUAAGGUGGAUCCUCGUGUGGCCGAGUCCAUCACUCAAGGCAUUUCAGAUCUCACUGAGAUGGCUCCUUGCCACCAAUUCGCUGAGCAGGCUCUCAACAUACUACGUUAUUUGGCCGCAAAGUGGGACAUUGAUGUCGAAAACAAUGCCGAUAAGCUCACAGCGGAAGAGUACGACCGUUUGGUCUUGCCGCAUACGGGGAGUCUCAACUUCUUCUCGCCCAACCUGAGGAACGGAGACAUUACGUGCCAAUGGGGCGUGGGACCAUUCAUGGAAGACCGAUCUCCCUCGGUGCAGAAGACAGGAGACAAUAUGGAAAACCCCCUCUUCUGGCCUUUCCCGAUGCAGGGACGGCCAAUUCUCCCUGAUGGCGUUGAGCUGGAACAUGCAGGUUUUGCGAUCAUAUAG